CUGACCGUUGGCCCCUCCGCCAGUGCCCUAGCGGAGCUCCCUGCGCCGCCCCUCCCCUCCUCUCCUCCCCGGCUCUAGUCCCAACACCACAGCGUAGAGCCGGGGAGGAGGGGAGGAGUCCUCCAGCGAGACGCCCCUGGGGCCUCUUCUAGAGUCGGCCCGCCCCGAGGGGCGUGAGAAGGGGGCGGGGCUGCGGACUUCGGACUCCUGCCCAUAGACCGCCUCCUGCCGAGCCCAGCCGGCAGCCCAGUCUGACCCUGAGCUAGCCAUGUCUGCGCUGAGGGGGCUCUGGCCCGAGGUGCAGGACACCUGCACCUCGCUAGGGCUGAUGCUGUCGAUCGUGCUGUCCGUGGCGCUGGCCCGCGGAGUCCUCCGGCAGCAGAUGCACAGGCCCGUGGCCCACGCCUUCGUCUUGGAGUUUCUGGCCACCUUCCAGCUCUGCUGCUGCACCCAUGAGCUGCAACUGCUGAGUGAGCAGGAACCCGCGCACCCCACCUGGGCGCUGACGCUAAUCUAUUUCUUCUCGUUGGUGCAUGGCCUGACUCUGGUGGGCACCUCCAGCAACCCGUGCGGCGUGAUGAUGCAGAUGAUGCUGGGGGGAAUGACCCCCGAAAUAGGGGCGAUGAGACUGUUGGCUCAGCUGACAGGUGCCCUGUGCAGCAGGUACUGCAUAGGCGCCCUGUGGAGCCUGGGGCUGACCAGGUAUCACGUCAGCGAGAGGGGCUUCGCUUGCAGAAAUCCCAUCCAAGUCGAUUUGCCCAAAGCCGUCAUCAUAGAAGCCAUCUGCUCCUUUAUCUUCCACAGUGCUUUGCUGCACUUCCAGGAGGUCCGAACCAAGCUUCGUAUCCACCUGCUGGCAGCACUCAUCACCUUUUUGGUCUAUGCAGGAGGAAGUCUAACAGGAGCUGUAUUUAAUCCAGCUUUGGCACUUUCAUUACAUUUCAAGUGUUUUGAUGAAGCAUUCCUUCGAUUUUUUAUAGUAUAUUGGCUGGCUCCUUCUUUAGGUAUAUUGUUGAUGAUUUUGAUGUUCAGCUUUUUCAUUCCAUGGCUGUAUAACGAGCAUACAACUAAUAAAAAGGAAUAACUAUUCCAAAAGACUCAGACUAAGUAAUAGGACAGUCAAGCUGGAUGUGAUAUUUUAUCACCUCUUAUUCUACACACUGGCUGUACUGGAUUCAUCAAUGUUAGCUGCCUCUGAAGAAGCUGCUUUACAGUUUUCAUCACUGGGACUUAAAAAAAUUACUGUGAAAAUAAGGUAUCCUGUUUUUCUCAGUUAAGACUUAUUCUUCUGAGUGUGUAUUAAAUGCUGCUAGAAAAGACUCAUUACAUUAAAUAUAAAUCUCAAGUGAUAAUUGUUCAUUUUGAUUAAAAAAAAGGAAUACAGGA